AUUAAAUAUUCAUGACAAAAAAAUACAUGUGGGAAUAAACACUUGUGAAGUAUAAAGCUUCAUACAAAACAGAAAAUGUAAAAUCCGAAACAUCUACGUUAAGAUUUAGAAACUGAUAUAGGGUUCCAAUAAAAUUUCUUGUUGUAAUCAGACUGGUCACCUUUCUUGCACCGACCAAGAAAAACGCCAAUAAGAUGAAAAUUGACCAGUUGAGGAUCUGCUCUUCAUUUUGAGUCUACUAGGUGGGCGUGUCAAAGCAAAUUGAUGGUUUACAUACAAUUGAUCUGAGAUGGAAUGUCCAAUCUAAUUGAGAAUCAAUAGCGUGCAUCUCUUCACUAUGUGUCAUAACUCACACAUGAGUGAAAUAAUUGUUAAAUUCAGUCAUAGCAUGGUAAGUCUCGAUGGUGACCGACCGCUGCAAUCCCAUGUAACCAUAUCACGACAGUCCUAGACGUUGACCCACAGUUCCAAUGCCAUAAACAUACUUUAUCUUUGAGAUGAACAACAAUACUUAGUUUUUAGAUAUUUUGCCCAACACCUCAAACUUAAACAGAGUAGGAGGCUUAAUCAAACACAUACAACACACACAAGAUCAAAACAUUACAAGUACAAAGUGAAUGUAGAGUAUGAAAACAAUAGAAGAAGAAAUGUCAUUUGGAACAUACACUUCUCUAUAUGCAUUUGUAUAUCCAUGUUUGAUGAUAUCAGCAACUCCAUCUAUUGUGUCUUGAUGAUUGGAGACCUUGUUUGACAUUAAGAGAGCAUAACAACCAAAAUCAAACUUGCAAAAUAAUAUACAUUACAUAGGCAUUAAGUAGCCAAUAAGUUCCGAUUAAUAGCAUCAUAGCAGAACAGGUAACACAAACCAAUAUAUAUGCAAUUAACUAUUCUCAGUGAUGAAAUUAAAUCAAGAGGUCUUCGAGAAACUCCGAUCCGGAAUGAGGCGGCACACAUGGUCACGACAUCUUAUUAUAGAAGUCAUGAUGCCGAUGAAGUAUUCCGAUUCCGUGGUCGGGUCGGCACUACACUAGAGGUAUAAGGCAAAGGGUUUGAAAGCUCUUGAAACCAGAGGGAUGAGUGAGCCAUUAGAUCCCAGCCGCAGAGUCACCGCCGAGAGACGCCGAUAUCAAUGCUAAAACCGGAAUGCGACGAGACGGGAGAGAUAGAGGAGUUUGGGAAGUUAUUUUUUAUUUUUUAAUCUGGAAUAUCAAAGUGAGGGUAAUAAAGGAAAACAAAAAUAAAGUUUCCUAAAAUAGAGCUAAUUAAAUCCCACGCAUGGAAAAAACAUUACUCAAUCCUAUUUUUGUAAAGUUCCUUUGAUUUGAUCUUAUUUGGAGCAAUUCUCUCUUACUCAUUAUAUUACCCGUUCAAUACGGGAAUUCCCAUUUUGAUCAGUGAGAUGUGGUGCGGGUGUUAAUCAGUAGGCCAUAAUUGCCUUCUCUAUCGAUCAGUUUAUAUUAAUAACAUACUAUAUAUAGCUUACAAUAUUUCUAAAAAGAUAUAAAUGUACUUGUAGUAUUUUAUUAAACAAGUUCACGGGUUAGAUACUACGGAGUACAUAACUCACAAGUUUUUAAUUACUCGCUGUUGAGGAUCGAUUCCGUCACCAAAUUCCGGCUCAGGCAGUCCGGUCGUCGAAUUUUCGGUUGUCUCUUGUGCACACCUAGAAUAAGGGAGCAACACACCUUUCUAGCCUCGACAACUGUCACUCUCUCCUCACCAAGAAGGAUGUAUAAUUUGGAUCACACUGAUAUUCACUCACCUCAUCAUGCUCUACUCCUUACUCACACAAAGGGGUCAGGAAGAAAGAGAUUAGCUGAGCUAUCUCUUGUACACCCCACGUUACAACAAGGGUGCACGGGUUGUCCUUAUAGCAUGGGAUUUUUGGUUUAAUUAGGACUCAAAGGGACACUCAAAUAAUACACUCCACACACAACUCUCAUCACUAGCUCAAUAAUAAGUUCAAUUUGAAUUCUAACGGGAGAGGCAAAUACUGAUAAGCCAGACAGAUAAAUGGGUACAAUGUAGUGAGUUGCUAGAAAGUGUGUUAACCAUUAAUAUACCAUAAACGUUUGGACGAACAAUAUAUUAUCACUCGUAGUAAUGAGUCAUAAAAUGAGUCAAUGCGUGGGAAUAUAGAAUAUGUUCCCAACAUAAAGUUUCGACAAAGUUGUGUUUUACACACCAUAAUAACGUAGUUAGUUUAUACUAUUACGGAAUCAAUAUUUUUUUAAAAACAAAAACUUUCAAAUAAAGAACUGAUUUCAAGAUUUAGUCCGUUAAAAUCCUAAAUUAUUGUAUGUGAAAUAGUCGAAUGACUUCAAAUUAGCUUUCUAAUUUUCUAAUGAUAUGAAAAGAUUCAAAUAGGCAAUUCUGAAUUCAGUUUCAAUCAAAUUUACAAAUAAAUUGACUAGAGUUGUCAUUAGAUGUUUUGGUCAAAUAAGAAACAAUCCAUUAAAGGGAAAGCGGUGGCUUUGUAGCUGUACAAUACCGCUAUUUAAAGAAACAAAUCAGUAAAUAAAUGAAAUAUAUAGAUCUAAAUAUGGAGACUAAUGUUAUACGGGUCGAGUAAAGUGAUCUAAAUAUUAUAUCCUCAAAACCCCACUCGUACCGACUUUUUAUCCACCUUUCAUUUGCAUGUGACGACUCAAAUUGUCCAAAGUGCUGAAAUGGAGCCUAAAGCGGAAGCGGGUUGUGUCUUGAAAGUAGACGUGCAAUGUCGUGAAUGUAAAAUGAAGUUCAUGGAAGUGCUCGCUUCAAUUUCUGGGGUAUAUUCUGUGAACAUUGAUGCGGAACAAGGGCUUGCAACGGUGGUGGGUGAAGUGGAACCAAACGCUUUGUUAAGAGCACUAUCAAAAUCAGGAGAACAUGCAGAGUUGGUCCGGGUAACCUUAAAGGAUCCCAGAAUGAACAGAUAUUCCAACAAUGAACCAUCAUAUGCUUAUUCUUCUCCUUAUAAUAAGUCAUAUGACAAUGGCAACUACAACAAUUAUGGUUACACUGCAAUUGGGGACUCCAACAUUAGAGGUAUGUUUACAAUGUUAAUUACAUACUUAGGAUGUUUUUACUUGGACUGAAAUUUGCUGGUCUGGUCUGGUCUCUGUGUAUUUUAUAACUAUGGAAGUCUGGUCUGGUCUGGGACUGAAAACAGUCCAAGCAAAAACAUUAGAUUUAGUUCCGUAAGUUUUAACGUCUUUAUUAGUUUUGUAAUUUACCCAUUUGAUUUGCAUAUUUAGUCAUGUAACUAAUGAAUUGAUCAUCCACAGUACUAUUUCCGGUGAAAAGUUCAACGCCGACGUUGACUUUUCUGUUCUAUUAUUUGUAAGGCACUUUAAUUUUGGUGAAUUUAUACUUGGGAUUAUGUCCUGAAUAUUACUAACUUUGAACCAAUUACUAAAAAAGUGAUCACUUUUAAAAAGGGGCAGAAAAGUGAUCAAGAAGGUCAUAUCAAUGUCAUUCCCAGAUUUUAAUGUCACUAUCCUAUUUUAAUGUCACUAUCAAAUGUCACUGCCGCCACCGCCUGUGUCACUGCGGCCACCGCCCGUGUCACUGCGGCCACCGCCCGUGUCACUGCGGCCACCGCCCGUGUCACUGCGGCCACCGCCCGUGUCACUGCGGCCACCGCCCGUGUCACUGCGGCCACCGCCCGUGUCACUGCGGCCACCGCCCGUGUCACUGCGGCCACCGCCCGUGUCACUGCGGCCACCGCCCGUGUCACUGCGGCCACCGCCCGUGUCACUGCGGCCACCACCCGUGUCACUGCGGCCACCGCCCAUGUCACUACGGCCACCGCCCGUGUCACUGCGGCCAAUCACCACAGUGACAUCUUCGCCUGGCCUUUCACCACAUUGACUUCUCUCCGCCUCCGGCCACCUCCGCGGCCACAGUUACACCACCACAGUGACAUCUUUUCAGUGACAAUUAUUCCACAGUGACACACAAUUAUUCCGGCCACUUCAUUCUGGCCACCACGAAUCACCACCACCAAUCAUUGUGCCUCCCUAUACACUCCACUUCCACUGUCCUAUCCACCCAAAUGUUCAUCACCGGAAAACCCCCAUCCCUUACCUCUCCACCCAAACGCCCAGAACCCGAAAACCCCACAUCCCCAUCCCUUGCCCACCAUCUAAACAUCCAGCACCGGAAAACUCCCCAUCCCUUGCCCCUGACCUGCCCUCAAUCACUUCCCAAGCUUCAACUCCGACCACCCGCAGUAACGAUUGUUCAAGUCACCGGAGUCCUUCCAGCACGUGACCGGCCUCUCAGCCCCAGUCCCGAUGUAGCAAACCUAGCCACGACCUGCAACAAACGUUCCGCCUACAAUCCAAUAGAUCUGGGAUUAGAUCUGUGCGAUUGAGUUUUAGGGGGAGAACUGGAGAAGAGAGAUGCAACGCAGACCGACGACUCUCGCGGCGGCGACACUCCUUGAGCUCCGAUGGCGUAUGCAACUCUGCACUCUAACGAGCUCCCGUACCUGCGACGAACCAGCCUCAAUGGAUGAAGAUGUUGGCAUCCACCUCCCCAUUAACCACAAAGAAAAGAGAAGGAACAGAAAUCACGCAGAUGGGAAGGGCGACGUCGACCGGCACGAAGCAGAGAAGAGGAUGGCGGCCGCCAAAGGCGUCGGUCCCCGCCUGUGAAGUCGAUGAUGGAGGAGCUAUGGAGUAGAGACCCGCUGCGAUCGACCAUUCCCAGAACCGUAGAUCUGAUGAGGAGGCAGCAUAGAUCUCAAUCAGGAGCUUAGAUCUAAUUAGAUUUAGUCACUUUUUUGCAAAGUUUUAAAAUGGUCAUAUUUUUGAAAUUGGAAAGUUCAAUGGUAAUACCGGAGUCAUUCUUUC